AUGUCAGAUUUGGGAUUUGAUCCAACUUUGAAGAAGAAAAAGAAAUCAAAGAAACCAGUAGAUGGAAUUUCAUCUGUCUCAGACAGUAAAGAAUCAACACCACAACCUACAGAUUCAGUAGAUGACUUAUUUUCAGGAUUAAAGAAAAAGAAAAAGUCAAGCUCAUCAAAACCAUUAGACUCUUCAGCCACCCCAGAAAUAAAUGACGAAGAUAUAACUUCAUCAUUAGGAGAUUUAUCAUUGAAAAAGAAGAAAAAGAAAAGUAGUACUAAAAAUAUAGAUUUGAAUGAAUUCGAACAACAAUUAGAAGAAGCAGGAGUUGAUGAAACAAUAAUAAAUCAUGAAUCAAACAAUAAUUCACAAGAUGAUUUGACAAAUGAUCAAGAAUUAAUCGGGGGAAUGUCCUAUGAUGAUUUAUUAACUAGAUUUUUCGAUAUUUUAAAACAAAAUAAUCCAGAAUUAGCUGGGGAUAGAUCGGGUCCAAAAUUUAGAAUCCCACCACCAGUAUGUCAAAGAGAAGGUUCUAAAAAGACAUUAUUUGCAAAUGUUCAAGAAAUUGCAACUGUAUUACAAAGAAAUCCAGAACAUUUAAUUCAAUUUUUAUUUGCUGAAUUGGGUACUUCAGGAUCUAUCGAUGGUGAAAAAAGAUUAGUUUUAAAGGGUAAAUUCCAACCUAAACAAAUGGAAAGUGUUUUAAGAAGAUAUAUUAUUGAGUAUGUUACAUGUAAAACAUGUAAGAGUAUGAAUACAGAAUUGAAAAGAGAAAGUGCUAAUAGAUUACAUUUCUUGAGUUGUAAAGCUUGUGGAUCUACCAGAUCAGUGUCAUCAAUCAAAACUGGUUUCCAAGCCCAAAUUGGGAAAAGGAAGAAAUUUUAA